CAUUUCAUUGCCGAUGCUUUUGCAUUGUUCGUGAGUUAAGAUAUACUCCUGCUAUAUUGUCUUUCCUUGUUCCAACUGAGUCCCAAUUUUGAUGGCCAAUUAAGCUAGUAGUACUUUUUUUUAGUGGUCUACGUUUCCCAUGGUUUUUCUCUCAUUUGGAGUCAAACCCCUCUUAGUCAAUCUUUCACGUUUUUGUGUCAUUUGGCGAUAAUUCUCAUGGUUAUCUGAAAGCGAGGGACGCAGCCCCCCUGCGCAUUGCUUUCCAAGAACUUCUUCUCUUGUUUUGUUCAGCUGGCUCUCAGCUAAAGUUUGGUAUUUUGGGUUGGCUGGAUCUCGGUUCUUUUCCCACACAGACCUGUGUCUGUCUUUGCUGUUUACCAUGUACUUCAGUUCAGUUCACCUUUUACUUAUCUCUUCUAUCAGCUUUCUGCUUUUAGGAUUUCGAACUUUCUUUUUUUAGCCCAAGCAAAAUUCUGUUUAAGUAUUAUCACUCAACCUUCCUUUUUUCAUGGCAUCCAAACUUUGAUUUUCUUGAUCAUGUAUUGGCCUUCAUUGAUCUUCCUGAAUUCCGCUAGAGUUUUAAUCUUGAUCAUGUAUUGGCCUUGACUGAUAUUCACCUUGAUGUAGUCAUGGGCAAUUGGAAAUUCCCGUCUAUCAAAGUCGUCUUUUUCUUGUCUAGUCUUCUUCAAACAUGUAUGUCCAGUGUUCAGAAUAGAGGCAGGCUGAAUCUGGGAUUUCAGGGGGCUCAAAUGAAUUGGAUAGAUAAUGAUGGGCUGAUUCUUCUCUCCAACAAUUCGGUCUUCGCGUUUGGUUUCAACCCCACACAAGAUGUCACUUUGUUUCAACUUGUGGUAGUUCGCAAUGGCGGCUCAACAAUCAUUUGGUCUGCUAAUAGAGGCAAUCUGAUUCAUAAUUCAGAUUUACUCAUAUUCGACAGAAGCGGGAAUGCUUACUUGCAAAGUGGGGGAUCCACUAUUUGGUCCACAGGUACUGCCAAUAAAGGAGUUGUAGCAAUCGAAUUGCUGGACUCGGGGAAUUUGGUACUUGUUGGCAAUGAUAGCAACGUAAUAUGGCAGAGUUUUAGCCAUCCAACUGAUACCCUUAUGUCGAAUCAGGAGUUCACUGAAGGAAUGAAACUUGUUAGCAAUCCCAGCUCCAAUAACUUGAGCUACUCCCUCGAGAUAAAGUCUGGAGAUGUGAUUCUGUCGGCAGAUUAUCAGCCUCCGCAGCCUUACUGGGCCAUGGGAAAGGAUAACAGAAGAAUCAUCAACAAGGAUGGUGGGUAUGUUGUAUCUGCAACUCUUGAAGCCAAUUCUUGGAGGUUUUAUGGACAAAAUCGAGAGUUGCUUUGGCAGUUUUUAUUCUCUGAUAACCGGGACGCAAAUGCCACAUGGGUGGCAGUUCUGGGAAGUGAUGGUUUGAUUAUUUUCAGCCGCCUUCAAUCUGAUAAUACCAUUAGCGCCUCCUCAGUACAAAUACCACAAGAUCAGUGCAGUAGACCGGCAGCUUGUGAUCCAUAUUUCGUUUGUUACAGCGGCAACAAAUGCCAGUGCCCUUCAACCCUUCCCUCUUGCAAACUAGGGAGUGUCUCGUUCUGCAACAGGUCACAGGACUCUGCGGAGCUUGUGAAUGCAGGGGAUGGUCUUAGUUACUUUGCUCUCGGGUUUGUUCCACCCUCUCAGAAAACAGAUUUAAAUGGCUGCAAAGCCUCUUGUCAAGGAAACUGCUCCUGUGCUGCUAUGUUCCAUGACAGCAAUUCGGGACACUGUUUCCUGUUUGAUCAGAUAGGAAGUUUGCAGGGUUCCACUAAUGGACCUAACUAUGCUUCUUAUAUUAAGGUCUUGACUAGUGCUGGCGGCGGGGCAAAUCAAGGAGGUGGUGGAACUAACAAAGCGCGCUUUGUGAUUGUCAUCGUGAUUGUGAUCUCAACUGUGCUCGUUAUCGUUGGUCUCCUUUAUGCAGGUUAUCGUUACCACCAGAAGAAAAACAAGGCAUUUCCUGAAUCCCCCAAAGAGUCUUCGGAGGAGGAAAAUUUUUUGGAAAAUUUAACUGGAAUGCCAGUUCGUUUUAGCUACAAUGAUCUUCAGACUGCAACUAAUAACUUCAGUGUGAAGCUUGGUCAAGGUGGUUUUGGUUCUGUUUACCAGGGGAUUCUUCCUGAUGGCACUCGAUUGGCUGUGAAGAAAUUGGAAAGCAUAGGUCAAGGGAAGAAAGAAUUUCGGGCUGAAGUUAGCAUUAUUGGGAGCAUUCAUCAUCUUCAUUUGGUCAGGCUUAAAGGCUUUUGUGCUGAAGGAAGUCACCGUCUCCUUGUCUACGAGUACAUGGCAAAUGGAUCUCUUGAUAGAUGGCUUUUCCCGAAAAAUAAAGGGGAAUUCAUGUUGGAUUGGGAAACUAGGUACAGCAUUGCACUAGGAACAGCUAAAGGUCUGGCUUAUCUCCAUGAAGAUUGUGAUGUGAAGAUUGUUCAUUGUGAUAUAAAGCCUGAGAAUGUACUUCUUGAUGACCACUUUCUUGCGAAAGUCUCAGAUUUUGGUCUUGCCAAGCUUAUGACUCGAGAGCAGAGUCAUGUUUUCACAACAUUAAGGGGAACAAGGGGGUAUCUUGCACCAGAAUGGAUCACAAACUAUGCUAUAUCGGAGAAAAGUGAUGUUUACAGUUAUGGCAUGGUGCUGCUAGAGAUAAUUGGAGGUCGAAAGAACUAUGAUCCCUCACAGUCCUCAGAGAAAUCCCAUUUUCCAACUUAUGCUUUUAAAAUGAUGGAAGACGGAAAAUUGAAGGACAUCAUUGAUACAAGUUUGAAGAUAGGUGAAGACGAUGAGAGGGUUUCUACAGCAAUAAAAGUUGCUUUGUGGUGCAUACAGGAUGAGAUGUCCCUAAGACCAUCGAUGACCAAGGUAGUUCAGAUGCUGGAAGGAAUCUGCCCUGUCCCUCCACCUCCUUCUUCUCAAUUAGGGUCGCGACUUUAUGCAGGAUUCCUCAAGUCAAUAAGCGAUGAGGGCACCGGCACCGGCACCUCAUCAGGGCCUUCAGACUGUAACAGUGAUGCUUAUCUUUCGGCUAUUAGGCUUUCAGGGCCAAGAUAGCACCCGCAUAAGGUGAAGCAGCAGUUUCAUUCAAAUUGAGGCCACCAGUGGAAGAACAUUAAUAUGUGCUGUCCUUUUUUGGUUCCCUGUAUAUUCAUUAGGUUUUGUUUUUGCUUUCAGGGAGAAAUUUUGCUAUGCUAGUCUUCACAAAGAUUGAUAUGAUGUUUGCACAUGCUUGCUUUGUAAAUCUAUGACAGAUAAUGUUUAUGAAUUUAUACAUGAUACAUGAUUCGAUUAGCAAAUAUUUUUCUCAUUGUAGCUGAUAAACGCACCAAUGUAUUAAGGAAAAACAUGCAAUGACU